AGGUGUAGUGAUUUGAUAAUUUUCAUACUAAAACUUGUGUUUAUAAUGUAUUUAACACUAUAACUUAACUAACCUAUGUUAUAUUGUCAGAUUUUAAAAACAAUAAAAUGAAUAGUUUUGUAUUACUUAUGUUUUUUGUUCUACGACAUCUAUGGAUUCCGAUCAACGCUGCAGAUGAUAUUAUACCAACACCGCCACAUAUUAUGCCGGUGCUUGGGAAAUCACCAUGUAUGUAUUCAGGUAGUUUUGAUCCAAGUGGAUUCUACUGUCCAGUUCUUCCAAUGCCCGUUACAUCUCUACCAAUAGAGUGUUCAUCCUUUAUUUAUGAUGGAUUAAUAUGUAAUGAAAAUUUUGAAUUUAAUCCUUCCGAUGAGGAUAUGAAUAAUAUGCAGUAUCUUUCAAAUUCUGGUAAGAAAUUGUAUAUAUAUUACAGUCAUGGGUCCUUACAAAGUUGGAUGCAAGCAAUUACUAAUACAUCAAAAGUACCAACCGAGGCUUCCAAAUUAGCAUCCUUUAUAAAAUCUGAUAUAGUUGCGGGGUUAAUACUAAAAGAUUUAAAUUAUAAUUAUGAUGGUAAUUUAGACUAUCAUGUUGAUCCAGGUUUCUACGACAAAUUACAAAAUUACGUAUCUGUUAUGAAACAAACGAUUCCCGAUUUAAAAAUUGGACUAUAUGUAAAUGCAAGCAAUAUGAUAUAUUAUAGUAGCAAUCCAUAUUCUCCGGAUUGGUUUGAUUUUAAUUUAUUAAAUGAAGUUAUGGACUUUUAUGUAAUUGGGUUUGAUAAGUUUAAUCCAUGCUCUGAAACUUUAAGAGGCGGAAUCGUUCCAAUUAACAACAUUUGUGGUGUCAAUAAUUCAUUGACACAAUUAGCAACAGCUUUAUAUUCUUCAAGGAUUGCAAAGGAUCAAAUUUAUGUUGAAUUUUUAACUAGUCCUACACCUAAUGAUACACCUGAAAAGCUGCCAGCAUGUGCAGUGACUUAUCAACAAAUUUGUGAAGCUUCUAAGUACAAGAACAUUUGGUGUGCUGAUAAUUCAGAUUCAUUAUAUGAUAAAGGCAAAUUUGCGAAACAACAAUUAAAAGCACAGGGAAUAAUACCAAAGUAUAUCGAUACAAUUGAUCCCACCGGAGCAUGUGAAUGUGAAAUGAAUAAUCAGUUUAUAACGUUUAAGAUGAUGUUACGAGGUUUUUCAGAAGCAGACCCCAUCACAGAUUGCUUAGAGUUGAAUAGUAUUAAAGCGGAAGAUCCAAGUUGCCCACAAGAUAUCCCAAUAACUGCAACAGUACCUUCUCCCGCUCCUAUAUAUAAUUAUUUUGGUUCUUUUUAUAAUUAUUUAUUUAAUUAACGAUAGUUUUUGAAAUGCUUGUUGUUUAAUUUACUAUGGGUACAUCAUCAACGCGUCGUGCUAUAAAAUAUUUAUUUUUAUUUAGUUAUACGUGCAAAAAGCUUUUUUCUAGGUCUAUUGUAAGUCUCUACGAAUAUUGUUUAAUAUAUUCUCGGAUAAUGUACAUUUUUAAAGUAUUUUACUUUUAAAAACAAUUAGAUAUUACAACAGAUUAGAUCUAUAAAGUAAAUGAAUACCUACACAACUUUGUAAUAUUUUCAUUCGUACAAAAUAUAUCAAUGAUAAAAAUUAUAAAAUAUAUUGAGAAUCCAUGUUUUUACAGCAGACUUGACGAUACAACAA